CUCGCGAUUUCAUUCCAUUAAAGCUUCCCAAUCCCCUCCUUUUCAGGCUCAUUUUCAUUUCUCCCGCUUCCGGCACCAUUUCCAGCUUAAUUCGACUUGAAUUUUCAAUUCAGAGUUCCUGAAUUUCCCUGAUCACGCUGCACCGGCCGCCUGAUCGGUGGAAAUUUCAUGUCUGUCGAUAUAUCCCGAUUAUUUUUGUUAGAUAUAUUGGGGGAAAUGGGGGAGCAUUUGGUGGUGUAUGUGGACGGCGGGCUAGGGAAGCCAGAGGACGAAGCAGGGUCUGGGUCUAGCCAGCAGAGAGUUGAGGAGGCCAACCCUAACGAAAAGAGGCUGGAGAUGGCGAGCGCCUCUUCGUUUGCUCUUGUUGGGGAGAAGGAAGAGAUUGAGGAUGAGGAGGCACCUCUGAUUGGAAUUGCGGAGUGCCGCAUCUGCCAGGAGGAGGAGUCUGUCAACAACAUGGAAACUCCCUGCGCUUGCAGUGGCAGUCUCAAGUAUGCUCACAGAAAAUGUGUUCAACACUGGUGCAAUGAGAAGGGGGACACUACAUGCGAGAUCUGUCACCAGCCUUACCAGCCUGGUUAUACUGCCCCUCCUCAAGCUCAGCCCGAAGACUCAAUCAUUGAUAUUGGGGGAGGGUGGCAAAUCUCUGGUAUGCCUCUGGAUCUGCAUGACCAUCGUUUUUUGGCACUUGCGGAGGCUGAACGCCAAAUUUUGGAAGCUGAAUAUGACGAUUAUAAUGCUGCAAACGCAAGUGGUGCUGCCUUCUGCCGCUCUGCUGCCCUAAUUUUAAUGGCUCUUCUGCUAUUGCGGCAUGCUAUGAGUGUGACAGAUGGUAAUGGUGGCGAGGAAGACGACCCAUCUGCUAUUUUCUCUCUUUUCUUGCUAAGGAUGGUUGGGUUUCUCUUGCCUUGCUACAUCAUGGUCUGGGCCAUCAGCAUUUUGCAACAGCGAAGGCAAAGAGAGGAGGCGGCAGCACUGGCGGCCGCAACACAGUUUGCAUUUGUAGUUCAAUCGGCACAGCGAAAUGGAAUGCAAUUCACCAUAGCUUCAGCCACACCCGCAGUGCCGGUAGCCCAAGAACGUUUAUAACGUGUCAUACCACCAAAGAAUGUCGCGGUCGUGCGGCGUCUGAGAUGUUCAUACGGUACAGUGUAAAUGUGUAAUGGUGUAUGUAUAUUUUGAUUGGAGAGUUACGUUCACAAGAGGUGUAAAAAGAAUGUAUCUAUACAAAGCAAUUAAUUUCUUUUAUCCAUGCUGUAAAUAACAAUGUUGAUAUAUAAAGAAAUUAUUUCGCUCUCUCAUGUACAUAUAUUUGAACAUAUAACUUCCAGCAGUCUUAUAGGAUUUCUGAUGGAAAUUCUCAUGUGUACGUAAGGUGCACAUAAACAUUUUCUUAUGCAAGUAAUAAACAUUUAUUUAAUACCAACAUAAACAUUUACUUAAUUU